AGCCGUGGAAAACGCUUCAUGUUUCAGAAUUCACCUCAUUUCCUGUUUAGAGUUUAGUAAAUCGGACUUUUGGAUCAGUUCGGGCGACAGGAUCUGGUCCCGUUCAGAAGCCAUAAUCUCCGGAGCUCAGGCCUUCAUCCAGUCUAGGCCAUGGCAGACUUUUCGCUUGCUGACGCUAUCCAGGAUGAUGUUUCUGGUGCAGCAUCGAAAACUAGUCACACCAAUCCAUCAGCUCCUGGAAACGGGGCCCCACCCCCCACUAAUCCUGGCUGGCCUGGUGUGGCCCCUGGUGGCCCAAGUUUCCCACCCUCAGGAGGCCCUGCCCAACCAUCAGCCCCUUCUGGCUUUCCUCAGACUGGGCCGUCUGCUCCUGGACCCUUUCCUUCUGGCCUAGGAGCCCCGGGACAGUUUCCUGGAGCCCCAGCUGCCCCGGGUGGAUACCCUCCAGGCCCGGGUGUACCAGGACAGUUCCCCUCCAACCCUGGAGCUCCAGGACAGUUCCCCCCCAUGCCAGGUCAGUUCCCACCAGGUGGGGCGCCCAUGCCAUACCCAGUUCCUGGACAGUUCCCCUCCCCACCUGGAGCUCCACAGGGACCGUACCCAAAUGUGCCUUACCCACCUGGACCAGCUGGGCCUGGCAUGUACGGUCCAGGUGGCCCUGUUGCCUUUCCCCCAGAUGGAGGUCCAGGAUAUGGAGGAGGUGUGUUUCCCCCAAUACCUCCAGGGUCCUGGGGUCCCCCUGGAGGGGGCUUUCCUCCUCAGCCCGGCCCGCCAGGAGGCUUCGGUCCUGGGCCCAUGGGACCAUACGGUGGGCCUGCUGCUCCAGGUGGAAUGCUGCCAGUGCCGUAUGAUCUUCCGCUUCAUGCAGGGAUAAUGCCUUGCCUUCUGAUUACGAUUGUGGGUGAACCAGUACCAGGAGGAAACGGGUUCCAGGUAGAUUUUCUGAGGGGGCCUGACGUGGUUUUUCAUUUCAACCCUCGUUUUCAUGAGCACUCCAUUGUACGGAACUCAGAUCUUGGGGGCUGCUGGGGUCCUGAGGAGAGAGGGGGGGGCUUUCCCUUUGUGCAGGGCAGACAAUUUGAGCUGAAGAUACUGGUGGAGACUGACGGGUUUAAGGUGGCCGUGGACGGCAUACAUCUGCUGGAGUAUGAGCACAGAACAGGCGGAAUGGAGGAUGUCACUUGUCUGCACAUAGAGGGAGAUGUCAGUCUGUUCAGCGCGGCCCCUAGCAUGAUCUAACACACACAGGGGCAUAGGAGCGAUUUGACAAUAUGGGGGAGACACAUUAAGGCAUGUAGGCAUCUCCCAGAAAGGGGGAAGGACAAACAUAGACCUUUCUGAAAGUUAAUAUGACUGCUUUACCACUCCCUUUCACACACAACCUACACACACACACUGCAGAUGUCUUUCCCACCUGUCUCUUUAGUGCAGAUGAAAAGAUAGUUGCUUUCAGUAAAAGAUAUGAUUGUCACUUGAGCAAAACAAAUUGCAUCCCGUGUAACUGCGGAAGUCUGAAAGAGUUUGACCCCUUUGAGAGGUCAUCCGGAACCUAAUAUCGCUGUUAUGUCUUAAACAUUUCAGCUUUGGCAUGACUUUUUUUUUUCCCAUUAAAAUGCAUUAAGCAGUAGUUACCGUUUUGCAUGACUAACAUGACUAAUUUUACUUAUUUUGUUCCAACAACUCCUGCUUUGCGUACAAGAUCUAAAUAGUAGAAAUUUCUGUCAUCAUUUACACACCAUAAUGUUGUUUUAAAUCCGUAUGACUUUAUUUCUUCUGUGGAACACAAAAUAGCAGAAUAGUUUAGCAGAAUGUUAGCCUUAGUCACCAUUUAUUUUCAUUGUAUGGAAAAGGGAUGCAAUGAAAGUGAAUGGUGACUGAGGCUAACAUCCCUUCUUUUUGUGUUCCACAGAAGAAAGAACAUCAUACAGGUUUGGAGCAACAUGAGGGUGAGUAAAUGUCAACACAAUUUUCAUAUUUGAGUUUACCUUUACACUGGUACACUAACAAGAUUAUAAAAUGGUGUCAUAAACACGUUCAGGAAAGAACAGAUCUAUGACACUGUGCUGAAUCAGAUCAGGUCUAAAUGGCAGAAAUAUUUAUUUAUUAGGAAUAAAUGUUUGAAUGCAGUUUAUAAAUACAAUCAUGGUGAUAAUGGAGAAAACAGAAGCCAAUAAUGGUAUCAG